CCGCCCGGUUAUUCUUUUCUUUCCAUUUUUUCCUCCCCUGAUCCCCCUUUUGCCGCUUUCUCGCAUGAAUCUCCUAGACCCUUUCAUGAAAAUGACAGAAGAACAGGACAAAUGCAUCUCCGACGCCCCCAGCCCCACCAUGUCGGAUGACUCUGCCGGGUCUCCCUGCCCCUCCGGAUCCGGCUCGGACACGGAGAACACCCGACCCCAAGAGAAUACCUUCCCCAAAGGCGACCCGGACCUGAAGAAGGAGAGCGACGAGGACAAAUUCCCCGUGUGCAUCCGCGAGGCUGUGAGCCAGGUGCUCAAGGGCUACGAUUGGACCCUGGUGCCCAUGCCCGUGCGAGUGAACGGAUCCAGCAAGAACAAACCCCACGUGAAGCGUCCCAUGAACGCAUUCAUGGUAUGGGCCCAGGCGGCUCGAAGGAAGCUGGCUGACCAGUACCCUCAUCUGCACAACGCCGAGCUCAGCAAGACGCUGGGCAAACUGUGGAGGCUGCUGAACGAGAGCGAGAAGCGUCCCUUUGUGGAAGAGGCCGAGCGGCUGCGGGUACAGCACAAGAAGGACCACCCUGACUACAAGUACCAACCACGCAGGAGGAAGUCAGUGAAGAACGGGCAGUCGGAGCAGGAGGAGGGCUCCGAGCAGACCCACAUCUCCCCCAACGCCAUCUUCAAGGCGCUGCAGGCGGACUCCCCGCAGUCAUCCUCCAGCAUCAGCGAGGUGCACUCCCCCGGGGAGCAUUCGGGGCAGUCACAGGGCCCCCCCACACCUCCCACCACCCCCAAGACGGACGCUCAGCAGCCGGGCAAGCAGGACCUGAAACGCGAGGGCCGCCCUUUGGCGGAAGGCGGCCGCCAACCACCCCACAUCGAUUUUCGAGACGUGGACAUCGGCGAGCUCAGCAGCGACGUCAUCUCUAACAUCGAAACCUUCGACGUCAAUGAGUUCGACCAAUACCUACCCCCCAACGGCCACCCGGGGGUCCCGGCCACCCACGGCCAAGUCACCACCUACAGCGGUACCUACGGCAUCAGCAGCUCGGCCAGCUCUCCGGCGGGCGCGGGGCACCAGAAGCAGAAAAGGCGGCGGCGCUUCCAGCAGACGGACUUUCGGAACGAGAAACGCUCUCAUUCUUACGCUUUUCACUCCAUCAAAGCUGCUCUGGUGACAAAGGCUGCCAAUAGCAGCAGCGUUAACGAAGCCCCCAGCCCUAAGACUCGGCCUGAUACCAACAACUGCGCGGGGUGCGCCGAGAGCCACAGCUGCCCCGAGCGGGUCGGACGGGAGGAGGGCAGCUCCUACGGCUCCCAGCGCCCAUCUGCGCUGCAGCGCAUCGCCACCCCCUCCCUGACACCCAGCGAGGCGAGUCCUGCACUGAGCUCCAUCCAGGAUGGGAAAAGGAUAAAAACAAUGUAG